UUCACACACAUUUUCCUAUUACCUUGGUGUGCCCGUCGCGAGUCGAAAAAGUUGUGUUUUCUGCUUAGUUCUUUUUCAAAAACUCUGCUCAACUAUGUCUAAACUUUAAAUUUUCCAUAAAAUCUAGUCGUCAGCUAUCCAUAAAUCGAAAUAAAACAAAAAAUGAAGAAAAAUUUUCGUAUUUUGUGAGAAAAUCUUUUCUUGUCCAAGUGCUUUGGAAAAAUUUAUAAAUCUCUUCCUCCAUCCUUUUUAGAAGCAAAAGGAAUAAAGAAGAAUAUACACCGUAGUUCGUGUUGCCAACUUGCUCUUGCACAUUAAUUGUAGAUUGGAAAGAGAGCGAGACAAAAGGAGUCGAUCUAUUUUUUUGGUAUUUAUUUUAUUGUCAAUUCUCUUGGUCGUCGACUCGUCGUCUCUUCUCUGCAAUUUUUUCACACCACACUGCGGCGGAGUCUCUAGAAAAAGGUGUUGGAUCUUAUUGGCAAAAUUUUCUAUCAAAUUAAUCCAGAAAUCGUCUAAGGGACAGAACUAAGAACCAAUAACACCCAGCAGCACUGAAAAACUAAUCACCUGGCGGAUAUGAAUACAAAGGCUGACGUCAACAGACGUGUUUUGGCCAUUCAGGCCAAGAAAAAACGUCAUAAGCCCAACAAGAAGAAGGGAAAACCAAAUGGCAUCGUUAGCGGCGACAAAUCUAAUACUCCCGGUGCACCGGGAAUUUCUAAUAAUAGUGGUAAUGGCGGCGGCGAAGUGGAUGGCUCGGUCCCUAACAGCCCACAAUCUCCACCAGUAUCAGCAGAAGUAUUGCAGAACAAUGCUGGUGGAGGUGAAAAAAAUAAAUCGAUGGCUGGAUCGCAGGCUCCAUCGAGUGGCGCUGGCUCUUCUGCUGCCAGCACUACGACUCUUGAGCAAUUAAGUUCAACUCUAAUGGCUACACUGACUAACAAGUCGAUGAAUCGCUCUUUUGACAAGAAGUUCGGCGACAACAACAAAGAUUUUCAGUAUCCUCCAAGGAGCUCCUCAAAUGAAUCGGAUGAAUCCGAGCUCAAUAGCGAGAAUGACGAACAAGAACCUAAGGAGGACUAUUGCAAGGGUGGUUAUCAUCCAGUUAACAUUGGUGAUUUAUUUCAAGGUCGCUAUCAUGUAGUGCGCAAACUCGGAUGGGGCCACUUUUCAACGGUGUGGCUAUGUUGGGAUCUACAAGAAAAAAGAUACGUUGCUAUUAAAAUUGUCAAAUCAGCUCGACACUUUGCCGAAACAGCCAAAGAUGAGAUAAAAAUAUUAAAAUCGGUGCGCGAUAGUGACCCUUCCAAUCCACGUCGCGAUAAAACGGUACAGCUUUUAGACGAUUUUAAAAUAACUGGAGUGAAUGGCACGCAUUUCUGCAUGGUCUUCGAAGUGCUUGGCGAUAAUCUUUUGAAACUGAUUCGCAAAUCAAAUUAUCGUGGAAUUCCAAUUGAAAAUGUUAAAUCAAUCACUAGACAGGUGCUUGAAGGUUUAGAUUACUUGCAUUCUUGUUGUAAAAUAAUACACACAGAUAUAAAACCAGAAAACGUGUUACUCUGUGUUGAUGAGCAAUACAUUAGAUCGCUAGCCAACGAAGCUACCGAGCUGUAUGUCAUGAAUUUUAAGAUGUUUCCUUCGUUUGUAAGCAGAGCCCCGAAGGAGUACCGUGAACCGCCAAUAACGGGCAAAAUGAGUAAGAACAAAAAGAAGAAAUUGAAGAAGAAGGCAAAAAAGAGGUUGGAACUGUUUAAAAAGCAGUGGGAUUAUUUAGAACAAAGCGGUGGGGGUGACGGUGCCAAACCGGACGAUAAAUCUCUUAACAAUGGUGAUGUUCAAGAUAAUACGCUUGUAAGUCCCAAUGAUGUAGACCAGUCACAAAUUCAAAGCGAUGGUGCUGUCAAUCACAAUAGCACAUUGAAUGGAGAUGUUACCGAUGAUGAGAAGGAUAACGAAGAUGAUGUCGACGAUGAAGAGCAUUUGAAUUAUGAGUCGAAUCCCUCUUCACCAAUUAUUAAGCCGAAGGAAGGCACUAAUAACAAGAAUUGUAAAAAUAAUUCCAUCCAACAAAAUAAAAACCUAGACAAUAAGGAUGACACUAAAUCUCUAGAAGAUGAAAAAUCAGAAAGAACAGAGGAAGUUUCCGUCAAACGGUCUAAAUCUGUGGAUAAAAAGAAACAUAGUACAUCGCCAUCGCUUAACUUACCGAACAACAAUCAGUUAAUCUCAGGUCCAUCGGAAGCAUAUAACACCACAAAUGGGCCACAUCUUCCACCGCCUCCCACAAAUACUCAACCAGUGCAGUCUAAGAAGGAUCCAGCACUUGAACCCUGUGACUUCGAUGUUAAAAUUGCCGACUUGGGCAACGCUUGCUGGGUGCAUCAUCGUUUUACAGAAGACAUCCAAACUCGUCAGUAUCGUUCACUAGAAGUCAUUCUUGGAGCUGGUUACGAUACAUCGGCUGAUAUAUGGAGCACUGCCUGUAUGGCAUUCGAACUGGCCACCGGGGACUAUCUUUUUGAACCGCACUCUGGUGAGAAUUAUUCUCGCGACGAGGAUCAUAUUGCUCAUAUAAUUGAGCUACUGGGUGCAAUACCCGUACACAUUAUUGCACGUGGUGCCUAUCAUCAGUGUACAUUUAAUCGCCAAGGUGAACUCCGAAACAUAACCGGUCUUAAGCCAUGGGGCUUAGUUGAUGUUCUUAAUGAGAAAUACGAAUGGUCCCGCGAAGACGCAGAAUCGUUUGCCGACUUUCUACGGCCCAUGCUUGAAUUUGAUCCCAAGAAACGAGCAACAGCUGCCGACUGUUUGAAGCACCCAUGGCUGAGAUAAAAUACACUUUUCAACAAUACUAUUUAUAUACUUAAUAAAAUUAAGAGAAUUUUCAAAAAAUAGUGAUUUUAUGCCUAACAUUUGUGGCCGUUUGUCUUUUUGCCUAGACAGAGGGCUAGCUUAUGCACACACACACACAAACACACUUUUACAUAUUUGGGAAAACAAGCUAAGGCUAUCCUCAUUCGAGUGGCGCCACAAUUUAUUUAUACAAAUUCAAAAUGUCGAAUUAAUUUUUAUUUUUUUCUUAGAAAAUGUUUUUAAUUUCUAAUCUAUUUCACAUUAAUUUUUUUUUUGUAAAAUUGAGGUUUUAGAUAAAAAAAAUGUUUUAUUUCGUUUUGAUUUAUAAUUUGCAAUAUACCAACGCCAAUCACUAAGAGAUUCUUUUAAUUUUUGUAUUUUUUUCUUUCCACCUUUCCGCCUUUGUCCCUAUUUUCCUCUUCAUUGUGAAGCUGGUAUCCUGUGCUCCCAUUUUUCCUUCCUUUUAUUUAUUUAUCAAUUAUCACCAUCAACAGAAGUUAAAUUAAAAAAAAAGUACGUUACUCAUAAGAGAGAAAAAUAUAUACAUACAUAAAUGAAAUAUAACUAAUUAGAUUAGAAUAAAUAACUAUCUAUAGUGUAUCUAUGAAUAUAAAAGAAAACAAAAACGAUUGAUAAAUUAGCUGUCUGUUACGGCAUCCAGAACAGAAGGGCUAAUCAUCUUUCUCUAUUAGAUAACGCAAAACAUAACCAACAAGCUCUUUAAAUGUAAAAAAAAGAUAACAGUAAGAAAUAAACAAAACAACAAUAAAUAUAAUCUAAUGCAAAAAAAAAGUAAUAACAUUAAUACAAUCCCAAACAUAAAAACAAAAGAAAAAUCUAAUUUCAAAACAUAGAGGAAAACACCAACCUUAUUAGUAGUUAAAAAAUUCAAAAAUAGUAAAUGUAAUCUGUAUCAACAAAACAGGAUAAUAGUUUGAAAAAAAUAGUGUUAUCAGUUAUUUAUUGGUUAUGCAAUGAAAUCUGUAAAUGUUUGAAAAACAAAUCAGCAAACAAAAAUAAUAAUAAUACUGGAGAAAUAUUAAAACAAACAAAAAAAAAUAACUUUAGCACAUACUCUUUUAUUCAUUUUAAUUUUUUAUUGAUUGCUAUUAUUAAAUUCCGCAGAGGAUGAAGAUUAAAAAUAAAUUAUUAUUUUGUUGUAUAAUAAUGUAA